CGGGAUGAUGACUCUGUCUCGAUUCUCUGAGCUUUGACGUGUUGGGGGAAUUUUGUGGAGGGUCUCAGAGUGAUGGAGCGCUGAUGUUGGUCCGUGGUUACUCAGGCACUGCCGCGGGCAGCCACAUCCUCUCACAGCGCGCGCGUCGGGCCUCGAGGAAGGACCCGGCAAGGAAGCGCGGGAGCGCAACACGCAGGCGCGGGGCUCAUGGCGGAGCGGGUCGGUGGGGCGCCCGCAUAGCCGGAGCUGCAUCCGCCGCCAUCCGCACGUCCCCCGCCAUCCUGUCACUGAGCCCGUCAGCAGCAGCUGUGAGCUCUAAAUCUGCUGAGAAAGAUUGAAGUUCCAUCUGCAGGCAAAUGAGAGAACGUCGGUUCUGCUGUUGUAUCCCGUGAAUGGUUCUGGCUGCACAGAUACCUUUUGCACAUUGACUGGAGCUACGAGGAAGUGAAGUGAACCCAUUGUCAGCAUGUUCCUGUACAACCUCACAUUACAGCGUGCCACGGGCAUCAGCUAUGCCAUCCAUGGCAACUUCUCAGGAACCAAACAACAGGAAAUUGUUGUUUCCCGGGGCAAGAUCUUGGAGCUGCUCCGCCCGGACCCCAACACGGGGAAGGUUCACACCUUGCUGACUGUGGAAGUGUUUGGGGUCAUCCGCUCCCUCAUGGCCUUCAGGCUGACAGGAGGGACCAAAGAUUACAUAGUUGUGGGCAGCGACUCGGGGCGCAUUGUUAUCCUGGAGUACCAGCCCUCCAAAAACGUGUUUGAGAAGAUUCAUCAGGAAACCUUUGGCAAGAGCGGAUGUCGUAGGAUUGUUCCAGGCCAGUACUUGGCCGUAGACCCAAAGGGCCGCGCUGUCAUGAUCAGUGCUAUUGAGAAGCAGAAGCUGGUAUAUAUCUUAAACAGAGAUGCUGCAGCUCGGCUCACCAUUUCCUCCCCACUGGAAGCUCACAAGGCCAAUACCUUGGUCUACCACGUGGUGGGAGUCGAUGUGGGAUUUGAAAACCCAAUGUUUGCUUGUCUGGAAAUGGAUUAUGAGGAAGCAGACAACGAUCCAACAGGAGAAGCAGCAGCCAACACACAACAGACCUUGACAUUUUAUGAACUGGACUUGGGUUUGAACCACGUUGUUAGGAAAUACAGUGAGCCCUUGGAAGAGCACGGCAACUUCCUUAUAACAGUUCCGGGUGGUUCUGAUGGACCUAGUGGGGUACUGAUCUGUUCAGAAAACUAUAUCACUUAUAAAAACUUUGGUGACCAGCCGGACAUCAGAUGCCCGAUUCCCAGGAGACGGAAUGACUUGGAUGACCCAGAGAGAGGUAUGAUAUUUGUCUGCUCUGCUACACACAAGACCAAGUCCAUGUUCUUCUUCCUGGCCCAGACAGAGCAGGGAGACAUCUUCAAAAUCACCCUGGAGACUGACGAAGACAUGGUAACUGAGAUUCGACUGAAGUACUUUGACACCGUUCCCGUAGCUGCUGCCAUGUGUGUGCUGAAGACAGGAUUUCUCUUUGUGGCAUCUGAAUUUGGAAACCAUUAUCUGUAUCAGAUAGCCCACUUGGGUGAUGAUGAUGAGGAACCAGAGUUCUCUUCUGCCAUGCCUCUUGAGGAAGGAGAUACAUUCUUCUUUCAGCCACGACCUCUCAAAAACCUGGUGCUGGUGGAUGAAUUGGACAGUUUGUCUCCUAUUCUGUGCUGUCAGAUAGCAGAUCUGGCCAAUGAGGACACACCACAAUUGUAUGUGGCCUGCGGUCGGGGGCCACGGUCAUCUCUGAGGGUUCUAAGACAUGGACUUGAGGUAUCUGAAAUGGCCGUCUCAGAGCUGCCCGGUAACCCCAAUGCUGUAUGGACUGUGAGGAGACACGUUGAAGAUGAGUUUGACGCCUAUAUCAUUGUGUCCUUCGUAAACGCCACACUGGUGCUGUCUAUCGGAGAGACUGUAGAAGAAGUGACUGACUCUGGAUUCCUGGGUACUACACCCACCUUGUCCUGCUCUCUUCUGGGGGAUGAUGCCUUGGUACAGGUAUACCCUGAUGGCAUCCGGCACAUCCGAGCAGAUAAGAGAGUAAACGAAUGGAAGACACCAGGGAAGAAAACCAUUGUGAAAUGUGCUGUGAACCAGAGACAAGUAGUGAUAGCACUGACUGGAGGAGAGCUGGUUUAUUUUGAGAUGGACCCGUCAGGACAGCUGAAUGAGUACACUGAAAGAAAGGAGAUGUCAGCCGAUGUAGUUUGCAUGAGUUUGGCCAAUGUUCCACCUGGGGAGCAGCGCUCCAGGUUCCUUGCUGUCGGGCUGGUGGACAACACUGUCAGGAUUAUUUCCCUUGACCCUUCAGACUGCUUGCAGCCACUGAGUAUGCAGGCCCUUCCUGCACAGCCUGAGUCACUGUGUAUCGUGGAGAUGGGUGGCACUGAGAAACAGGACGAGCUGGGGGAGAGAGGCUCCAUUGGCUUUCUCUACCUGAACAUUGGACUGCAGAAUGGUGUGCUGCUGCGAACUGUCCUGGAUCCAGUUACGGGUGAUCUUUCCGACACCAGGACCAGGUACCUGGGCUCACGGCCUGUGAAGCUCUUCCGAGUCCGAAUGCAAGGCCAAGAAGCGGUGCUGGCCAUGUCAAGCCGUUCCUGGCUCAGUUACUCCUAUCAGUCACGUUUCCACCUGACUCCCCUGUCUUAUGAGACUCUGGAGUUUGCGUCUGGUUUUGCAUCUGAGCAGUGCCCAGAGGGCAUUGUUGCCAUCUCCACGAACACACUGAGGAUUUUGGCACUGGAGAAGCUGGGGGCAGUCUUCAACCAGGUUGCCUUCCCAUUGCAGUACACACCUCGAAAAUUCGUCAUUCACCCUGAGAGCAACAAUCUGAUUAUCAUCGAGACCGACCACAAUGCUUACACUGAGGCCACCAAAGCGCAGAGGAAGCAACAGAUGGCUGAGGAAAUGGUGGAGGCUGCAGGUGAAGAUGAGAGGGAGCUGGCUGCGGAGAUGGCUGCAGCCUUUCUGAAUGAGAAUCUCCCUGAAUCCAUCUUCGGUGCUCCAAAGGCAGGGAAUGGGCAGUGGGCCUCCGUUAUCAGGGUGAUGAACCCCAUCCAGGGAAAUACGUUAGAUCUGGUCCAGCUAGAGCAGAAUGAAGCUGCUUUCAGCGUGGCCGUGUGCCGCUUCUCCAACACCGGUGAGGAGUGGUAUGUGCUGGUGGGAGUUGCCAAAGACUUGAUUCUGAACCCGCGCUCUGUUGCUGGGGGCUUUGUCUACACCUACAAGCUGGUGAAUGGUGGUGAGAAGCUGGAGUUUCUGCACAAGACCCCCGUGGAGGAGGUUCCUGCAGCCAUCGCCCCUUUCCAAGGUAGAGUCCUAAUUGGAGUUGGAAAGCUCCUGCGUGUGUAUGACCUGGGCAAGAAGAAGCUGCUUCGGAAGUGUGAGAACAAGCACAUUGCCAACUACAUCUGUGGGAUUCAGACCAUUGGGCACAGAGUGAUUGUCUCAGAUGUUCAGGAGAGUUUUAUCUGGGUGCGCUACAAAAGGAACGAGAACCAGCUCAUCAUCUUUGCUGAUGACACUUAUCCCCGCUGGGUCACUACAGCAACUCUCCUGGAUUAUGACACCGUGGCCGGAGCAGACAAGUUUGGCAACAUCUGCGUGGUGAGGUUGCCUCCCAACACCAAUGACGAGGUGGAUGAGGAUCCCACUGGCAACAAAGCUCUCUGGGACAGAGGGCUUCUUAAUGGAGCAUCGCAGAAGGCUGAAGUGAUUAUGAAUUACCACGUGGGAGAGACAGUGCUUUCAUUACAGAAGACCACGCUGAUCCCAGGAGGCUCUGAAUCUCUCGUCUAUACCACCUUAUCGGGGGGAAUAGGAAUCUUAGUUCCUUUUACUUCCCAUGAGGAUCACGACUUCUUCCAGCACGUGGAAAUGCACUUAAGAUCUGAGCAUCCUCCUCUCUGUGGGCGAGACCAUCUCAGUUUCCGCUCCUACUACUUCCCAGUGAAGAAUGUGAUCGAUGGGGACCUGUGUGAGCAGUUCAACUCCAUGGAGCCCAACAAACAGAAGAACGUGGCUGAAGAGCUGGACCGGACCCCACCCGAGGUGUCCAAGAAGCUGGAAGACAUUCGCACCCGCUAUGCUUUCUGAGCAGCAGCUGGCAGCAGUGGAGCUUGCUGGGCUCCUAUGGACGCUCUUCCAAGCACAGUUGGAAGGAGGAAUGUGUGUUUUAUUUCCCUUUUUCUAAAUACCCAUUUGCUCCUCUUGGUUUAUGUGUCGAAGUAACGCGGUUCCUCUGCUCCGUACCAGUAUCAGUAGGUCUCCCAACAUGUCCCACCGCUUACGUGAAGGCUCGUGCUAUCAUGGGAUCCAGCCAGAGAGAAUCUGUUGGGAAUUGCCCAAGGAAGGAUGUGGUCUGACCCUCAGCCCCAGCCCUGGAUCAGCUCCGCUGUGUCCUUCACCCUUAAGGCUGAGGGAGGCCAAGGGUGAAGUCCUGGCCGUGCAGGAAGCACAAGUGGUGGGUUGGGCUGAGCUGCUGUAGGAUCAGAUGGGUUCUAACCAUCAGCAAUGACUGAUGGAGAUCUGCUGGGUUCCUUUCAGUACUGGGGGGGGAGGUGCAGGGUUCCACCAGCCCUGGGAGCAGCCUGGGGGGAGGUCAGGCUGAGGGGGGGGGAUGCACUGCCUUGCAUGGCCCCAGCAUUGCCCUCUGAACAGCAAGGGAGUUUUGGAUUUGCCAUUUUUUGACUGUUUUCUCUGUAAAUAAGAAGUUUUGUACAAUGUUGUCUCUUGGGGGUGGGGAAGAGCGAGGCCUGAAGUCUGGGACUUGAUUUGUUUCAUAAGAACUUUGGCAAGAGCAGUGUCUCCAAGCUGUGACCGAGUAGCACAUGAAGAAUAAAAGCCUGUUUUUUAACUA